AUGCAGAUCGAAAACCGUUAUGAGUCGGUUCUGGCCAGCCGCUACUGUAGACGAAGCCCACUUCUCGAGCUCUUUUCUGAAAGGAAUAAGACUGUUCUGUGGAGACAGUUGUGGAUUUGGCUAGCUGAAGCUGAACUAGAAUUAGGCCUCACUCAGGUCACCCCGGAUGCUAUUGAAGAGAUGAAAGAACAGCGUGAUAAUAUUGACUGGAAUAAAAUCCGCGAAGAAGAGCGCCGUUUGAAGCAUGACGUUAUGGCUCAUAAUCAUGCUUUUGGAGCUGUAUGUCCCAAAGCUGCAGGAGUAAUCCACCUUGGUGCAACUUCUUGUUAUGUCCAAGAUAAUGCCGAUCUGAUCGUUAUCAAAGAAGCUGUUGGACAUCUUCUUGCA